CGUACUUUGGCACUUUUGACAGUUAGCAUGGUAGCAAGUAGAUGCUAACUAGCCGAAGUUAACAUGUCCGUCAACUAGUCAGCACAGUUAUUGAAACGGAGUGUGUUUUACCCCGAGUUGUAUUUUGUGAAACAGUCAUUCGGGAUGUUUUCAUCCGUCUGGAAUUUUGUGAAACGCCACAAAAGGAAGUUUAUUUUCACGGGAGCUGUAGUUGGAGGAGUGUACUUCCUGGGUCGAUAUGCCCAGAAGAGGCUCAGUGAGUUCCAGGAGAAGGAGGCGACCGAGUACAUCGCCCAGGCCCGACGGCAGUUCCACUUCGAGAGCAACCAGAGGACCUGCAACAUGACGGUGCUGUCCAUGCUGCCCCCACUAAAGGAAGCCAUCGUCAAUCAGCUGAACUCGGAGAGUCUCACCGCGCUGCUCAAGACAAAACCAGCCAACAAGCUGGAAAUCUGGGAAGAUCUAAAGAUCAUCAGCUUCACCCGCACCAUCGUGGCGGUGUACAGCACCUGCAUGCUGGUGGUCCUGCUGAGGGUCCAGUUGAACAUCAUCGGCGGGUACCUGUACCUGGACAACUCCGCGGGCAAGAACACGACGACUCCUCUGGCUCCGCCGGACGUCCAGCAGCAGUACCUGUCCAGCAUCCAACAUCUGCUGGGAGACGGUCUGAUGGAGUUGAUGACCGUGGUGAAGAAAGCGGUGCAGAGCUCUCUGGGAGACGUGCCUCUGAAGCAGAGCCUGUCUCUGCUAGAGGUGGAGCAGCAGCUCAGCUGGAUCCGGGCGGAGGUGGAGGCCGGCCUGAUGUCCCGGUACAUGCUGGCCGACGACGAGAACGCUCUCGCCGACCAGGCGUGCGGUUUGACGAAGAACGACACCGUGACCAUCAGACUGCUGAACGAGACCAGAGACAUGUUGGACAGUCCAGACUUCACCACCGUCCUCAACGUCAGUCUGAACCGGGGCUUCUCCCGUCUCCUCGACAACCUGGCCGAGUUCUUCCGCCCUCCUCCCGGUGACUCCGCCCCCGGCCUUGCACCUGAUAAUCUGUCUGCCGUCAGCCUGCCGGUGGCCAAGAUCAUCCCCAUCGUCAACGGUCAGGUCAACUACAUCUGCAGUGAGACUCCCAGCCACUUCGUCCAGGACCUGCUGAUGAACGACCAGGUGAAGGAGUUCGCCGCCAACGUUUACGAAACGUUCAGCACUCCGCAGGACCUGCAGAAGUGAUCCACCGAGCAGGAGAAGAAGAAGAAGAGGAGGAGGAGGAAGAAGAAUGAAAGCAGGAAUGAUGAAAGCCCUCCUUCCUCUCUGCGAGACGCGUUUCUCCUCAGAGCCCUGCAGGCGAGCGGCAGCGGCCAUCAUGGACUAUUAACCCGGCGGAGGGAGAGGAGCCUGUGGUUCACCCCUCGAACAACUGCAUCAUGGGAAGUGGAGUCUUGUUUAGCCUCUUCAAUGAAGGUGGUGCGUCAGAUGAUUGUGUUGACGCGACGGGAUGAUCCUCAGGGCGGUUCGCUCUGCAGAUCGACUCGGUUUCGGCGUCUCGACGGCUUUCGUUUUCCCUGCAACGGGUUCCGGGGUUUCGGUGAAUGUGUUGGGCCGAUUAAGUUGUGAUUUCUUUGUGUUGUUAAAUUUUAACAGAAAAUUUGACCAUUGUUCACCUCCACAGGGGCUUGUCUUUAUUUUUUUACUUUUUGAAGUUUGAAAAACACCAUUUAAGGAGAAAGAAGCUGAUCAGAAUGUUUUAGUGGCAUCGAUUAUUCAGAGAGCACAGAUGUGUAGUUUCUCUUUUUCCAUCCAAGAAAAACAGCACCGCAGUUCACCUAAGAAAACAGUUAGAAACCAACGUGGUGCAGAACCUGUUGGUUCCUCUUCUUCACCAGAAGGAGUCGCUGCUCUUCUGCUUUCUGACUUCACACGAAAGGCUUCAUUCCAACAGGUUCCCUCCCGUGUUUAACUUGAGUCCUGGAUUUGGUCUCUCAUCCUACUUCAUGUCCUACAGUAACUGACACUGUUUGGGAAUGAAAUCCUGCAGUGUGUUUCAGUGUUUACGCCUCCUUCGUUCUCAAUUGUUUCACUGGAUUUGUUUUUUUGUUAUUAGUUAUAGUUAUUCAAAGCCCAAAACAAAUCUAUCAAGCGUGAUUUACAUCAUAAAUCCCUUCAGAGCUUUACUUUAUACAAACAAUGUCCCGAAAUGUAUUUAGGUCCAUUUUUCUUCCAUCUUGAAUUGUUUCUACAGUUUUUCUUCUCAUUUCGGUUGAUGAGUUCAGCUCUGGUGCCACAACGCGAAGGACAGAUAAUCGGGUGAUUAAUGAAUAAAGUAAUGAGACGUCUGCGCCGUGUUUGUGGAGAUCAGAUGAGUUUGUUUCUCAUCAGAAUGUAGAUCUCUGUACAGUAAUCCACGUUAUGCCUUUGUGAAGCAUAAUAUCCUGAAUGAAAGCUAAAAUGUAUGUUCGUUUUUAGAAAUAUAUUGAAGAUAAUAAAGUAUGAUUUAAAAUA